GACUGACUUAGACCGUUUUCUUCCGAUUUAUGACAGCAAGUCUGGGCUUCACACGGAUUCAGACAACACCUCUACCGGGAAAGAAGUCCUCUAUAAUGAGUUGUUGUUCUGUCAUUCACCGCUGAGGAAACGUUAGUUUGUGUGUGUUGGUACGGAUUGUAAGCAUAUUUGUCUUCAAAAGACCCGUCAGACCAUGAACUACGUGGGCCAACUGGCAGGCCAGGUGUUUGUCCAGGUCAAAGAGCUGUACAGAGGCCUCAAUCCCGCCACCCUUUCUGGCUGUAUUGACAUCAUUGUAGUGAGACAGCCCGAUGACUCCCUGCAGUGCUCGCCUUUCCACGUUCGUUUUGGCAAGAUGGGCGUCCUCCGGUCCCGAGAAAAAGUGGUGGACAUGGAGAUCAAUGGAGAACCCGUGGAUCUACAUAUGAAGCUUGGGGAUAAUGGAGAAGCAUUUUUUGUUCAAGAAACAGAGAAUGAUCAGGAAGUGGUUCCCUCCUACCUGGCCACCUCUCCCAUCUUGUCAGAUGGCGCCACUCUGAUGAGCUCCUCCCUGAUGGGGAAGAGCUCUGGGCCACCCAUACAGACCCUGGGCUCCACGGGGAGCAGUGGAGAGACCGGCAGCGGGAUGAUGAAGAAGAGGAGGAAGCGGAGGAGGAAGGCUCGGACGGACAGCGUGAGGAGAGAGGAAAGCGGAAACUACCCUGAGAACGAAGAGAUGUUCACCAUAGACAUCAGCUCUGAUGAAGGGAUGGAAAUGGAGAGCAACAGGUCUUCGUCUCGAGAUGUCUUACGAGAGGAGACAACAGUCGGUUCGAUCAGUGGUUCUUACAAACAGUCUGGUGUCUAUACUCGUUCAGAUGGAGAUUGGAGUCCAAUCCAGAGCCCUGGAAAUUCUCGUCCCACGUCUCCUAAGAGCGACUCUGAACUAAUAACCAAGCCCUCAAAUACAGACAGCCAAAAUCCAGCCAUGCACUGGGCGUGGGGAGAGCUGCCACAGGCUGCCACGCCAUCCUUCCUCCCUGUGAAAUGUGACCUUCCACCAGUUUGUCCUGUAUCCAUCCCUGUAUCUGAAAGCACGCACUUCCGUGCGAUUAUUCAUGACACAUCUUCAGAAAAGUGUGGAGCCUGCUCUGACAUAUCAGCGCUCAGACUGCUGAUGCUGGAGGAGACAGCAGUCACAGAAGAAACACUGGUCACAGAUGCGAUGGAGUCUGAAUGCACAAGGCUGGAGUCUCAGACACAGGCAGAGACGCAGGUUACAUCAGUAGGAAGUGCGGCAGCUCAUAUGAUGGCGGACAUGGAGGAGACAACGCCACGUCCCCUAGGGAAGACGGAUUCUCCAUCCAAGAGAAAAGACAAGAGGAGCCGCCACCUUGGUUCUGAUGGGAUUUACCUAGAUGAUAUCACAGAGCUUGAGCCUGAAGUUGCAGCCCUUUAUUUCCCUAAGAGUGAUGCAGCAGUGAGGAGCAUCUCAGACCCGGGCCUCUAUUGCACCAGUAUUUCCCCUCAUUCAGUCAGCUCUGGAGGAGACAGCGGAGUGGACAGCUACUCUGACCCCAUGUCUGACCUGCCGUCCAUUGCCAUCUCUCUGUGCGGAGGCCUCAGUGAUAACAGGGAGAUCACUAAAGAGCAGUUCCAGGAGAAGAUCAUCUCCUACCAGCAGUAUGUAGAGAACCCCUCAAUCAUCGAUGACCCCAACUUAGUCAUAAAAAUAGGCUCCAAGUACUAUAAUUGGAGCACUGCAGCUCCACUUAUGCUGGCUAUGCAAGCCUUUCAGAAACCUCUGCCAAAGACUGCAGUGGAGAACAUCAUGAAGGAGAAGAUGCCAAAGAAAGGAGGGAGAUGGUGGUUCUCCUGGAGAGGCAGAAACAGCAGCUCCAAAUCGGACUCAGUCUCUGAGCGUGGUGCCUGUGGCUCUGCUGAGCAGGCUGGGAAAAUGACAAGCAGACAUAAAGAGGAGUCAUCCUCUAGUGAUGAAGACCACAGAGCAGUCAACCAGAACUCUCCCACCAUCCAAUCAGAGCCAGGAGGCGUGUCCUAUAAGAAAACACUCCGACUUACAUCAGAGCAGCUGCUGUCUCUCCAGCUGCAGGAUGGUCCUAACGACGUGGUGUUCAGUGUCACUACUCAGUACCAGGGAACCUGCCGCUGUCAGGGAACCAUCUACCUCUGGAACUGGGACGACAAGAUAAUCAUCUCUGACAUAGACGGAACCAUCACCAGGUCAGACACAUUGGGCCAUAUCCUACCCACACUGGGGAAAGACUGGACCCACCAGGGCAUUGCACAGCUCUACCACAAAGUCAGCCAAAAUGGCUACAAGUUCUUGUACUGCUCUGCUCGAGCUAUCGGCAUGGCUGACAUGACCAGAGGGUACCUCAGCUGGGUCAACGAGAGAGGCACCAUGCUUCCUAUGGGCCCCGUCCUUCUCAGCCCGAGCAGCCUCUUCUCAGCUCUGCACAGGGAGGUGAUUGAAAAGAAACCAGAGAAGUUCAAAGUGGAGUGUCUCAAUGAUAUUAAGAACCUCUUCUACCCAAACACACAACCUUUCUAUGCAGCGUUUGGAAACAGACCAACGGAUGUAUAUUCCUAUAAAGAGGUAGGAGUGCCACUGAACAGGAUUUUUACAGUUAACCCUAAAGGUGAGCUAGUGCAGGAGCACGCCAAGACCAACAUCUCAUCUUAUGUGCGUCUAGGCGAGGUGGUGGACCAUGUGUUCCCCCUGAAGACAAGAGCCUCCUCCUCAGACUUCCCUUGCUCAGACACGUACAGCCACUUCACAUACUGGAGGGAGCAGCUCCCCCAGGUGGAUCAUCAGGGAAUGACACCUCCACAGACCCCUGGCCCCAGCAGCUGAUAACCUGUGCCCUGCUGAGCAUGUCGUAGCAGGCAGAGCACUGACUGACUGAUGGUAUGCUUGAGAUGUAGCCGUCAUCUGGACAGUGAUGGUUACGUGUGUGUGAUGUGAUAUUGUAGAUUUUUGUAGAAGAUGGAGCACCUUUUUAGCACACUACAGAACCUAGCAGUGUUCUAGUACUCGAGUCCAGGACUCAGACUCAAGUCCAACUCGAGUCCUGAGUUUCAAGACUCAUGAGUAGACUUGGACUUGAGCACUGAUGACUCGGACUUGAGCAUUGACUGUAUUCAGACUCGGAAGCUGGAGAUGAGAAUUCCAACUUUUUUUGUAAUAGGUCAUAAUAAUGUGGCAUAAGUUAUUGAUACUAAAACCUGUUCACGUGCGCCAUGCUGUAUCCGCCGCACUUCCAUCGAAGUGUACACUCCGCCUUUCUAUAAAUGAUUUUUAUGUAUCAAAUUGCUGAGCAACAUGGUGAUGCAAUAUUGUUAGAAAGUUUGGAAUAUAAAAGAGUGAGAGCUGUGCGUUUAAUGUCGACUUUGAUGACCCUGACUCAGGUAACAGGGACUUGACUCUGACUCAUCUCGAACACUGACAACUUGGGCUUGACUCAGACUCGACUACAACACCAGAACCUAGCAGGCAAAUCUGCUGUGAGAAGUGUCAUAACAGACAAGAUGAAUGGAAGUGUACUUUUAUCAAAAGAUGGCCUCUGGUUAUCUUAAUAGUUGUAUGUGUAUGAGAAAUAACAGUAAUUUAUUCAGGCAGCACAGCACAUGUAUUAUUUUGGAGUGAGUUGUUGACAUUAUUUCAGUAGUGAGACCUUCUAUUUACUCACACAGUAUAGUGUUUAAGAGUUUAUCUAUCAGUUCCUAAGUGCUUCAUGCAGAACCAUACGGUGCAUACUUCAGUUACUUAAACUUGUGCCAAUUAUAGAAUUUAUUUUCAUACUCUUAACUGAAUAAAUACAUGCAGACUACUUUUACUUAAAAGCAAGAUAUGUGCUAUUGUGUUCGAAAGAUCAAUCAAGUCAGUACUAAUUAUAUAGCAUGUUAAAAUAUACAGAGGCUAGUUUUAUUAGCUAGUUUCAAAGCAGUUUCAAAUGAAUAUUGUUGAAUGAUGUUAAUUUUUCUAUCCAAAUCCAUGUGUAUAUGUGUAUGAUCAUGAUCAUAUUUUUGCGGUGGCCUUCGUGAAAUGUCUUUUAACUUAUUCAUACACUGAGGUUAUGCUUAGUUUUAUAAAGUAUGUUCAGUUUAAGUGGCUGAUAUAAAAUGUAGCUUACCCCGUGGUUACUUUAUUGUUACUGCCAUUCCUUUUGUAAUAUCAUUCAAAAUAUAACUAUGAAAAUGCACAGCUGACUAACAGAUUACAUUAGCCACAGUACUAAAAUGAAUAUUUAAUCUUUUUCUGAGUUACAAAGGUUAUUUGUUGCAAUGUCACAGAUAAUAUGAGGUCAUUCAUGUGAGCUGCUACCAUGGGAGCUGCCUAAUGCAGUGGGUGUCUGGUGCGUAAAAGCACUUGAAUAGUAUAACAGUGCAGUAGGUGUGAAUAAGACUAGUUUAUAAAAUGACAUGUAUAUAGUGCUAUAACACUGUUGUUAUUCUUUCCAUGAAAGAGUCCAAAUUACAUGAAAGUAUUUUAUUUUUCCUUAACUGUGAACGUGAUUGAUAAUUAGCUCCAUCCCCUCUGUUGACCAGUUGACUGUGUAAUUGGUGUAAUCAAACUCAAUAAAAAUGUCUUGG